CUUAAAGGGGAAGACGGAACAGGCUGUUCUGCACUCCAGCUAUAAAACUCAAUCAGACCUGUGUCCUUUUCUCCACUACCAUCUGAACUCCUCAACAGUGACAAUAAUGAAUGAUAUCUACAAAGCAGCCGCAGAGCAGCUUACAGAUGAGCAGAAAAAUGAGUUCCGGGCAGCCUUUGACAUCUUUAUUCAAGAUGCUGAGGAUGGCUGUAUCAGCACUAAGGAGUUGGGGAAGGUGAUGAGGAUGUUGGGACAGAAUCCUACACCAGAGGAACUACAGGAGAUGAUUGAUGAGGUGGAUGAAGAUGGGAGUGGUACGGUGGAUUUUGAGGAGUUUUUGGUCAUGAUGGUAAGAUGCAUGAAAGAUGACAGCAAAGGAAAAUCAGAAGAAGAACUGGCAGAACUCUUUCGCAUGUUUGAUAAGAAUGAAGAUGGUUACAUUGAUCUUGAGGAACUGAAGAUGAUGCUGGAAGCGACAGGUGAAGUCAUCACUGAAGACGACAUUGAGGAACUUAUGAGGGACGGAGACAAAAACAAUGAUGGAAAAAUCGAUUAUGAUGAGUUCCUGGAGUUCAUGAAAGGGGUGGAAUAAACAAUAAAAGAAAGUUUUUCUGUA